CAUCUUAACCUGCAGUAGUUAGUUUGUUUUCUCUCAGACAACAUGUGUAGCGGGGGUGUAGCAAAAUGUGCCCGUUGCAUCGCUGGUACUCUGUACCCAUUAGUGCUCAUAUCCAUCAUCUGUAACAUUGUGCUGUUCUUUCCCGGCUGGGACGUCAAGUACGCCAGAGAUGGACACCUCACCCCGGAGGUGAAGUACCUGGGGGGACUCCUCGGAGGGGGUUUAAUGGUGUUGAUCUCAGCUGUGUACACCCAGGUGGCUGGAGACCAAAGGUGCUGCACCGGUCGCUGUGUGAUGUUGCUCUCGAUUUUCUUCGCUGCAGUGGGUGUGUUCGGCGCCCUCUACAGCUUCAGCGUGGCAGCAAUUGGUCUGAGAGACGGGCCCUUCUGCAAAGUCGGGGACGACUGGACGAUCCCUUUUAAAACCAGUACCCCGAGCUACCUGACCAACUCCAGCUCCUGGACCGAGUGCACUGAGCCGCCCAACGUGGUGAGGUUCAACAUCGGACUGUUCCUGACUCUGAUGGCCGUCAGCUCCCUGCAGGUGAUGCUCUGUGCCAUUCAGAUCAUCAACGGACUGAUUGGCUGCAUCUGCGGACCCAGCGACAUUAAAGAGCCAGUGUAAUUUCCUGGUCAGGAGGGCUCUGAUCCUUGGCAGUGAUCUGAGGAGUCGACUGACGCUCUGGGCCGCAGAACAAGACACUGAAGUGCUUUGAAAUUGUACCUUCAACCGUGGCAUAUUUCACAUUCCUGUGAGAAGUAUUCAAAAAUAAUUCAUGCUGAUUGUAUGAUCAAAUUGGUUUCAAAUAAACGCUGCUGAGCUACA